AAGGUUCGGUUGCGCGUGUGCCAUGGACUCAGCCGCCCGGUGAUAUUGACAAUAGGAGAGAGAAAGGGGCAUUGACGGGAACCCACCGCGGGUACGGAACGGCGGCUCUGGCAGCGGCGACUCCAGCUCCAGCGGCUCCUCCUCCUUCUCCUUCCUUCUCCUCCUGCUGCCGCUGCGGAUCCAGUCUUCCUCCCUCCCUUCCCCCCCUCCCCACGUCGUCGCCGCCGCCGCCGCCGGGUCCGGGGCAACGAGCAGAGGCGCCGCCCGCCGGGAAUGUGAGCGAGGAGCCACCGGCGGAGCCGCAACGGGGUCGGUGCCGAUUUGAUGGGACGGGCCCGCGGGGGAGGAUCGUGAGGCCGCCGCCGCCGCAGCGCUGAGGUUCAGGUCCGGCCGUGAGGCCUAGAGGCGCCGCUGCCGCGGAACCGGAGGGACGCCGCGCCGGACAGCCGUCGCCCCGGGCUCCCUGCCGCUGUCCGGACCUCCUCCCGCACGUCCCGGUCCCGCCACCCGCCCCCGCUGCGGCUCUCUCGCCGGUCUCCCGCCCCUCGAUACCACAGAUCAUCUUUGGAUUCUUCCUCAGAAGCUUCAAGUAGGGAUAUGUCCUCAGCACCAACUACUCCUCCAUCAGUGGAUAAAGUAGACGGAUUUUCUCGGAAGUCCGUCAGAAAAGCCAGACAGAAGAGGUCACAAAGUUCCUCACAGUUUAGGUCUCAAGGCAAGCCUAUUGAGUUAACACCUCUGCCGCUGCUAAAAGACGUUCCAUCCUCAGAGCAGCCUGAACUGUUCCUAAAGAAACUUCAGCAGUGCUGUGUCAUUUUUGACUUCAUGGACACGCUAUCUGAUCUUAAAAUGAAAGAAUACAAGCGCUCCACUCUUAAUGAACUGGUGGACUACAUUACAAUAAGCAGAGGCUGUUUGACAGAGCAGACUUACCCUGAAGUAGUUAGAAUGGUAUCUUGCAAUAUAUUCAGAACUCUCCCUCCUAGUGACAGCAAUGAAUUUGAUCCAGAAGAAGAUGAACCUACCCUUGAGGCAUCGUGGCCACACUUACAGCUUGUAUAUGAAUUUUUCAUACGAUUUUUGGAAAGCCAAGAAUUCCAACCCAGCAUUGCCAAAAAAUACAUAGAUCAGAAAUUUGUAUUACAGCUUUUGGAGUUAUUUGACAGUGAAGACCCUCGGGAACGGGACUACUUAAAAACAGUCUUACACAGAAUUUAUGGCAAGUUUCUUGGUCUUAGAGCAUUUAUCCGAAAACAGAUUAACAAUAUUUUUCUAAGGUUUGUUUAUGAAACAGAACACUUCAAUGGUGUAGCUGAAUUGCUGGAAAUAUUAGGGAGUAUUAUCAAUGGCUUUGCUUUACCUCUGAAGGCAGAACACAAACAGUUUCUGGUGAAAGUAUUGAUCCCUUUACACACUGUCAGGAGCUUGUCACUCUUCCACGCCCAGUUGGCAUAUUGCAUAGUACAGUUUCUGGAGAAAGAUCCUUCACUCACAGAACCAGUUAUUAGGGGGUUAAUGAAAUUUUGGCCCAAAACCUGUAGUCAAAAAGAGGUCAUGUUCCUUGGGGAGCUGGAGGAAAUAUUGGAUGUGAUUGAACCUUCACAAUUUGUUAAAAUUCAAGAACCUUUGUUUAAACAAAUUGCCAAGUGUGUAUCCAGCCCCCAUUUUCAGGUGGCAGAAAGGGCACUCUAUUAUUGGAAUAAUGAAUACAUAAUGAGUUUGAUAGAAGAAAACUCUAAUGUCAUCCUUCCCAUCAUGUUUUCCAGUCUUUAUAGGAUUUCAAAAGAACACUGGAAUCCGGCUAUCGUGGCGUUAGUGUACAAUGUGUUGAAGGCAUUUAUGGAAAUGAACAGUGCCAUGUUUGAUGAACUGACAGCCACAUACAAGUCAGAUCGUCAGCGUGAGAAAAAGAAAGAAAAGGAGCGUGAAGAAUUGUGGAAAAAACUGGAGGAUCUGGAGUUAAAGAGAGGUCUUAGACGUGAUGGGAUAAUUCCAACUUAACAAAAAUAAUGACGACAACAUCACUAACCUGUGGAGUCACACAUUUAUGUAGUAGAAGAUGGAGCAACAGUUUUCUGUAUUGUGCAACUUUACAGUAGAUUUCACAUUUGUUUCAUUAUUACAACAGCACUGUAUAUACCUGUCUCUAAGUAAAGGAAAAAAAAUAAGGACUUCAAUCCAAAGUUUGGACAGUAGAUGGACUUCUCAGAACUUUGCAAACAUAAUCAUUGUUCUAACCCUCUUUAAAAAAAAAAGCAGUCUUCAAAGAUCUGUUGAUGAAAUUGCUAUGUUAAAAUUCCAUUAUUGGGAGUUUCUUGUUUAUCAUUAGCAGAGAGUAUGAAACAAUUUUCAAAUGUGAACAAUCUUAAAUUUAGCUUGUCUUUCUGCUAAGCUGUUAAAUGUAUUUAUAGUAAAGGAAGAAAAAAAAGACUGUCAUUUCCUUAAAAGUUUGUAUAACAUCUUCCUCUGGAUGACUUGACUGUAAUUUGACAUCUUUUCCUUUUGCACAUCUUCGUGAGUUGAAUGUCCACAUGGAAUGGGGCUGUGAAUUAUAAAGGUCCCUGAUAAAAAGUUUUGUUUACUGGAGUGAACAUCCCUCCAGUAACCAGGUAGUCCUGGUACUCCUUUAGUUUUAAAAUUAGGAGUAAAAGAGCAGAGGUGAUAAACAUAGUAGGGAAGGGAAUUUUGGAUUCAUACAUCAGUUGAUGGUGAAUCCAAAUCAAUGUCUUGAAUCCUUUGAAAACAGGCACUGGGACAUCAUAGGCUUCAGUACCUGACCAGUAUUAGUUGCGUACAUCAUUGAACACACGUACCAGAGAUGUUUUAGAAAUGUUAGAAAACAUCCUUUUGGACCAUUUUGAAAUAAGAAAGACAAACACUAAACGCUACAACCAUGAAACUGAUGGCCAGGAUUUCGAAUCUAAUUGGGAAUAGAAGUUGAGCAAACAGCAGGAACUGUUUGGAGUUGUUGCCUUACUUUUUAAUAUGUAUUUAUAAAGUAUUCCAGCAAAGAGGAUAUAGCCUCUGGGAAAAAACAAACAUGUUACAGUGUUUUUUGUAGAUUCUUGUUCUAUAUCUCAUCCCAGCGCCAGCCCUGUUUUUAGCCCAAAAGGAUUCAGGAUAAACAUUAUUAUGCAUUCUGAAUUGGAUGCGUAUUCCUAACUACUGUAUUUGUUACCAAAAGUGGUUCUACAAAUGCUACUGAAAAAAUCUGGAAAUUCCUAAUGUCCUGAGUAUUAAUAAUAAAGUUUAAAAAUGCUUUUAUAUCAAA